AAUUAAUUGGCCUUGAUCACUGUGACGGGAAGACACGAUCACUCCACUGACUUCAGAUCAUGGUGGAGGAACUGUCAAGUUCAAUUCGUCCUGCACUGAUUACAUUAGACGUGAAUUACUCUGAAGAGAUUUAAAGUUAUCCUUCCUUUAGUCCUUCCCAUCCAUGGUCAAUCAGUGUCAUAAUUACAAGUUCUACCCUACAUGCUACAUUAAAUAGCACUGCUUUCUAUGCCGAAUUGAAGAAUGGCUUUGACUGAUCCAGAAAAUGUACUAAACCAUGAUGUUAAAGACAGACACUUUUUAAAAUAACCAAAUCCAAAUUGCAUUGCCACUAAUUUGAAUGGAAUUCGGCCCAGCCUAGAGGUUCUCCCCCUCACACCCAGCCCUGUAUUGUGUGAGGAGCAGGUGAUGCAGAGCUGGACGACUCACAGCUUUACUGGUUUACUUUAGUUCGUGUAGUUCAAGUGAAUUUAACAAGUUAUUUCUGAACACGAGUCGCACAGCUCUUACUUCCUGUGCGCGUGUGUGACACCGUCUCCUCCUCAUUUUGAAGGCGAGCAUGCUGGUUAGCUUGCUAGCUUGCUACCUGUAGCUGCCUAGCCACCAGCAACACUCGUGUUUGCUUCGUCUUCGCUUCCUGUCAGCGACAUGACACAGAGGAAAGAAGUAUUUCAGUCAAAAGUUCUGCAGAGGCUUUUUCCUGCAGCUCCCAAAUUGGACAAGGAACCCAGCCCACCAUGCAUCGUAGAAGCUCUAGCCAAGAAAACCUUUGUGAAAAGAAAGAAAGCUCAAGAGGACACUGCUGCAGGUGAUGCAGGGCAGACGCAGAGUGCAGCCAUUCCCCACCCUCGGGUUUACACUGUUCUUCCUCCUCCUGCAGAUUACAAGACACAUCCAGAGAAAUCAGUCACACUCUCUCAACUAGAAAGUAUAAACAGUGCCAAGGACCCAGCUGAAGAGAGCGUGCAUGAGAGCAAUGAGGAGCUAGACCAGGAUAAGGAGCAAGAAGAACACAAAAGAAAAAGGAAAAGGAGGAAAAGGAAACCAGGUCCUCAUCAAGACUCUGGGCAAGAUGGUGCAGCUCCAGGUCAGAGUCAAACUGUGGCUGUGGUUGAGGGAGGAGAGCACAUUAGCAGGAACAAGAAGAGGAAGCUGAAGAAGAAACGGCACAAAGAGAAGCUGCUCUCCAUGGGUGAGAUGCCCCGAGCUGCUGCCCUGGUGUUUACGUACCAAAAAGAUGGGGGAGAGGAGGAGGAGGAUAAUGAUAAUGAGAGGAGAGCUGCUGAGGUGUCAGACUUCCUCAGGACAACACUGGAAAUCUAUUUGUCAGAUCCCAAAUUGCAUGUAGAAAACAAGAGUCCUCGCCUGUCCGGCACAGUGGACAACCUUCUGAGCCACAUAUCCAGCGGAUGUGAGCCGAACUCUGUCCUGAAGCAGCUCUAUAGUCUCAAGACUUCUGUUCAACACAAAGAGAUGGCAAAACUGGAAAAGGCGCUGCAGGAGCUACACAACAGCUCGAGUAUGACUGCAGAAGAAUACGCUGCCGUCGCUUCACUGUUCCAAUACUGGAUCACAGAUAUCCUUCCCAUGCGGGGCGACAAGACGAGGGGACUUUCUACCACACACCCAUGAGACUGUCAGUCACACUGAAACAGAGACGCCACUGAAGGAUUACUUCUAUCGCUACAUCUUGAAACUUUCUUCUCAUUUCGUGCGUUGCAAAAUGUCAAGCUUAAGAUGCUGUAUAAAAUAUUUUUAUUAUAAAA